CCCUGCAGAGACUCGUUCGCCAUGUCGUCGGGGGGGAUGCUGCUCGUGCCGUGGCUGCGGGCCGCGCGGCCGGGGUGGCUGUGGGGGGGCGCGGCGGCACUGCUGGCGCUGGGCGCGCUGCUCGGAGCGUGGCGUUGGGGGGCCUCGGGGCGGCGACGGCGGCGGCAGCGCCUGCAGCGCGUGGGGACGGUGCUGAGGCUGUUCGUGUACCCGGUGAAGUCGUGCCGGGGGCUGGCGGUGCGGCGGGCGCGGGUGACGCCGCUGGGGCUGCAAAGCGGGGAGCUGCGGGACAGGUUCUGGCUGGUGACCAAGGAAGAUGGGCACAUGGUUACAGCUCGCCAAGAGCCACGGCUGGUCCUUGUUUCUGUUGGCUCUGAAAAUGGUCACUUGACUUUGGAGGCCCCUGACAUGAAGAAGGUGUGUGUGCCCAUCAGCUUGCCCAGGAAAAACCCUGUGCGGAACUGCAGGGUGUUUGGGCUGGAUAUCCAGGGCAGGGACUGUGGAGAUGAAGUGGCUCAGUGGAUCACCACUUUCCUGAAUUCAGAGCCAUAUCGACUGGUGCACUUUGAGCCUUCCAUGGUGCCAAGAAAGUCAAAGGACAUCAUGAAUGUUUUCCGAACCACAGAUGAGGUUGCCUAUCCUGACUGUAGCCCAGUGUUGAUCAUCUCAGAAGCCUCACUGGAAGAUUUGAAUACCAGGAUGGAGAAGAAAGUUAAGAUACAGAACUUCAGGCCAAAUAUUCUUGUGACAGAUACCAGUGCUUUUGAGGAGGAUGCCUGGGAGGAAAUUCUUAUUGGCGAUGUGGAGUUGAAAGGGACAGUAUGUUGUGCCAGGUGUAUUUUAACAACUGUUGACCCAGACACUGGGGUCCUGGACAGGAAGGAGCCUCUGGAAACAUUGAAAAGUUACCGCUUAUGUGAUCCAUCUGAGCGACACCUAUACAAAUCCAGCCCUCUCUUUGGAAGAUAUUUUGCCGUUGACAAAACUGGAACAAUUCAAGUUGGAGACCCUGUGUAUAAGUUGGUCGAGUAAUGAGAGUAACUUUGAUCAGAAUAUACCUUUUCACUUUGAUACGCGAAUUGUUUUCCAAGGAACACGGUCACGAGCAUAACUUUUUUCCUAUUCCAUCCAAUAUUUUUUGUUCUAUGUUCUUUUGUAAGUUGCAAGGGGGUCUUUGAGGCUAUGAAGUACCAGUCAUUUCCAGUUUGGAUUGUGUCAUCCACUAGCAUGGCUAUAGCAACCACAUCUUUAGAUUUUCUGGAGAGUGUGACGGAAGAGAGUCUAAUACAAGACAGACUCCACAGCACUAGUGUGAGUAUCACACUUCCUAAAAUUUUAUGUCAUGCAUGCUGUUGGGAGUCCAAAAUCAUAUACAAAGGCUUUGCAUCUUGUAUUGGUUACAUUCAGUGCCUAUAAAGAACCACAAAAACAGUCACGCCAAGCAUAAAGUAAAUAAAUAUAUUGGUCAAGGAGCUGCCUUUACAAUUGAAUACGGAGUGCGGAUGACUAGGUUUUGUCUUAGAUUCUUCUAGAUCUAAGACCUCUUGUGCUUCUUUAGGCCUAAUCAUCUUACCCUGUUUAUGUCUGGAGGUACUUUUUUGUCGUGUUUCUGCUCGUUAUCCUGCUAUUGUUUCCAGAAGAUUGCUACUGUCUUUUAAGAUUGGAGCACUAUCAGAAGGAGGAGGAUUGUGAGCUGACUAAAUGCCAAUCCUGUCUAGAAGUGGGAACAGUGGCUAAUGAUGUGUAAGACUGUAUUUGUUUAGUUUAUGACCUCUGCUCAAGAGAGUUUGAACCAUCAAUUUUUUCCUUCUGUGAAGCAUAGUGUUAACACCAAGGCUAUAGAGUAGUGAUUCAUUUGGAGUGAAGCAUUUGCUACUGGAUCUUGAACUUCCAGUUUGACUGAGAGAACUAGACAUUCACUGGAUCUGAGAGUUCAUGCACACUAAAGGUGAAGAAAAGCUGUUACAAGUGAUCUGAUUCUGAGCCUGCCCUGUUCAAGCUGAUGUCCAGGCAAAUAUUGUAUGGUUCUGUGUUCAUGCGCAGGUCCUCUCUGACUCAAUGAAUCUCUUUCUGUAGAAAAUUAGGCUGCUAAGUGGGUGUUUGGGAAGCUGCAGUUUUAAACUGAGCAUGUUAACAUCAUCACUGGUUACCAAUUUAGAUCUCUGGCCGUUCCUCACCCCUGCCCCUAUGAAACAGAUAGGAGAGGAAACUAAUUGGAUUAUGGCAGUGGUGUUUUUUCUUUAAGUGUUAUAAGAUUAUUUAAAAAACAAAAGUGGACUCCAAGACAAAAGCCAGCCAUCUCUCAAAUGCUUGUCUGCCUUUUGCUUUCCUGUGGAUUACUAGAUCUAGAAAGAGUGUUGAACUAGCGAAAAAGAGGAGUCUAAGUGUGAAGAAGGGCAAUUAGGACCUAAUUUGGUGUUUAGAUUCUUUGUUUUCUGUUGUGAAAUGAAAUUGGAAUUUUGCUGCAUGUUCACAACUCAGACAUGUAAAUUGAAGACCUGUUGUGCCUUUGAGCAAGUUAAAAGGCAAAUUCAAAACUGACUUCAGGUAAGCUUGGAGCAGGCAUAUGGGAAAGGUAGAUUACUAUUAUUUGUGAACUCGCAAGUUGCUCUGAGUAUCUUUUUGUUAGCAAAAUGCUCUGUAAGUAUUAAGUUUCCUGUGACAGACAAGUGCCCAGUUUGGACUGCACGUUGCGUGUUUGUGCAUUAUUAUACCUGGUGCAGCACUUAGUGGGAGGAAGUGAGAGAGAAAGCAUCUUUUCAGAAGGAAAAUCUUCCCUAGGUUCACUUUUAAAAAGCAUAUGCUGAAGAUUCUUAGUAUUAGAAGCUGAAACCUUGUGGAAUUCUUAAUAGUAUUAUUAAGCAAAGGCAGCCUACUGGCCUGCCAAAGCAAUUAGUUAAGUGUCUCUUCAUUAAUUCAAAGAAGCAGAAGGAAAGAGCUGAAUUUUUGCCUCUAGCCAAACAUAGGUUUUCACUGUUAUUUUAGCACCACAUUAGAAUUUACAUAACACAAAUGUAUGGUAUAGAUCAUGUUGACUGUUUUUAGGCUAUUGUUAAUUGGGCUGAUUUGGAAAUCGGUCUGCCUUUCCAAUGAGAAACUGCAUCUGCGUUCUUGUUAAGAAAAUGCCAUAAAUCUAAACCCCUGGUAGAUCCCUGUAAAAGUCCUUCAGAAGAUUUUCCCUAGAAUAUUAAAACAGGCGUGCAUCUGAGUACAGCACAUUUCACAAAUGACAUUUAAUUAUGCCAUGAGAAGGCCAUUUCGGGAAGUGAAGAGCAUAACUUACGAACAUUAAAAUGUAAAUAUCUUCAUAUACAUGUUGAACUGCUGUAACUGUAGUGAUUGUAUUUGAUUUUGCUAAAGCUGUUCAGGAAAUGGACAUAAAACAUGUCAAUCAUAUACCACUAUUUUUAAAAUUAUGUACUUAAAAAUAUUAAUUGAUUUUUUUUUUUUUAAUUCUAGAGGAGGAAGAAUAAAGGAAUAAACUUCUAUUGAGUUUAAAUUCUUGUAAGGUGUAAAAUUUGUUAAUCUUUUUUGUUUUCUGUUUCGGCAUUUAACUUCUGCUGCUGUUUCCACGACCCUGUAUAUAGUUAACAGUGAUGAUUAUUUUUUUAAUCUUACCUCUAAGUUCAGGAAAAUACGCAGUUAAACAGAGGAAGCUGUAUGUGUAAUAGAGCAGAACCAUCAGAUGUAAGUGAUCUUCAGACUUAAUUUUACAACCCUUAUCAUCUAAAAGAUUAAAAG